GUCUCAAAUUAAAAAAUAUAUAUAACACUGCUGACUCCGAUGCAUCCGCUCGCCGGUGAGCGGACGGGGUCCGACGACGGUGAGCGGACGGGGUCCGACGACGGCGAGCGGACGGGGUCCGCCUCAGGCGAGCGGACGGGCAAAAAAUUCCAGGAAAGUCAGUGGGGUUUACCUGCUUCGCUGGUCCGACGAUGGGGUACGGCUGCCGUCCAAUGCCCGGCGAAUUAUGCUGACGAGAUUGGUCCGGUGGCCGGCGACUUAGGCUGCCGUCCGGUGGCCGUGAAUCUGGCUGUUGUGUUUGUGGGGAGUUGGUGGUCGGGACUCGGGUAGUGUGUUCGUGUCUAAAAAACCAUUUCAGCGAAUAGAAUAUAACGAAAAAUUUGGAGGGCAAAAUUGUCUUUUUAGUAUUUUUUACGGGCGGCAAAUAGUAAUUACCCGGACGGCAAAUAGUAACCCUCUAUAAUAACUCGUUACACAAUAACUCAUCAAAAGUCAAAACUGCCUCAAAGACUUUAUAACUGCAAACAUCUCACCCCUUAUAUUAUUCUAAUUUGAAUCAUGGACAACAAUAGCAAAAAAAACAUAGCAUUACCUCAAACUAGCAAUAUAUGAACAAAUCAAUAAUGUAGUUAAAAUCGCGUUUUAAAACUAAAAAACUUACGAUUUUACGUUUUUAGGUCACUAAAAUGCUUCUACACAAAAUCUCAGUUUUUUAACUUAUCAGUUUUUUAACUUAUGUAGUUAAAACUUAAAAGCUUACGAUUAUACGCUUCUAAAUCACCAAAACGUUUGUACGUAGAAACUCUCUUUUAACUACAUUGAAUCUGAGUGAUGAAGAACUUGCAAUUGCAUAUCUAUUUUCCAUAUCAGCCAAUUUUCUCCCAAGUUUAUAGCAUUAUGAAUAAUUUUUUAUCCUCGUGCAUGAAACCUUCCUUUUACUAGUUUAUCAGAAUCCUUCUUCCUAACCGGUGUCUCAAGCCUCAAGUAUAGCUAUUAUUUCUAUAUUGUAUCUAUAUAUUAAUUCCGGCACUGUGUUUUCUAUUUUUUCCAGAGGCUUUAAUUCUCCUAGGGAUUUGAGAGUGUACCGUUUGGGAGAGAAGUAAAAGCAUCCAAGUCUACAUCUCUUGCUAGCACUGCAAAGGUAUUGGCAAUAGGAGUCCCACUUUGCUGUUUUUGAUCAAUUUUGGCUACUAUAGUCGGUAGUGAGAUCAAGCUCCCACUUGAAAUUGGUGACUGAACAACAUCCUGCAUUAAUGGUUUAGGACUCCCUGUAUUACAUACUAUUGAUCCUGUGAUCACCACUUUGUAAGAAACACGGAUCUAGAGGAGUACGUCUAGGGUUCGGGAACUGGGAUUUGAUAGAUAAUUGAGAAUUGAGAUUGGAAUUAGGAAUUUGUUAUGAAAAAAAAGGAAUGAAUCAGGAAGAGAAGAAGAAGAUCGGACUCCCAAGAAGGAAGAGGGGGCGACGACACCAGAGGCACAAAAAAAAAGAGAGAAAUUUCGGAUUGCAGAGAGAUUAGGUUUAAAGAAUAAUAAUUAUGUUAUUGGUUAAUGAGUAAAAUCUCACUAAUCACAUAAUAUAUAAGCCGAUACAUUUUCUAUAACAACUCAAAAUAAUACCUACCAUAAAUAAACCCCCAAUAAUACAAAAAAUUCCCCAAAUUGUCAACCGAAUAUCCAAAUAAUCAUAAAACGACAAAUACAGUCCAAAACAGUAAAUGAGUUAAAAACAAUGUUUCUAACACCCUUCUGCAUUAGUGGUAUUGUAGUUAGUGAUGGCAAUGGGGCGGGGCGGGGCAGGUACCUCAAUUCCCAUGCCCCGCCCCACGCUACUACGGGUCGGGGCGGGUAAAACACGCGCGGGUACGGGGCGGGGCGGGUCGACUCACUCUUACAUGUUCAAAAAAAAAAUACAAGUAAAUUUUACUUUUUACAAUAAAACGUAGGGAAAAACACUUUAAGAAUGAAAAAUAUUGAUAAUCGAAUGGAUAAUUGAGCCUAACAAGUUGAAAGAUCGACUCUAACUAGUUGAAGAAAAGUCAAAAUAGGAGAAAUAUGUAUAGAUAUUGUAAGAAAUUGAGAUAAAUAUGAGUCUAGAAC